AUGGCGGCACUACUUAUUCUUUUCUUGACGUUGCUGGCCGCCCAAGGGAGGAUCGUUCUAUCGUCCAGCACGAUUCCACCUCGCGGCCUAAACACCACAACACUCGCUUAUGACCCCCGGCCGGCGCCGCCAUACAUGGUGGACAACCAGCACAACUACUACAAAACCGCACCGGACAAAGGGAGGCAGAAUGGCCCCGUAUGGUCCUACUCAGGCAGCCUGGAAAAGUACUUGACCAACCUGCAGCGCGGGGUGGUCCUCCGCGGUGGCUAUACCGAAUCCAACGAGACCAGGCGGACACGCUUCCAGUCUGCGGGCCGCAAACGCCAAUCGUCUGACUUUUGGCUCUCCAACCUGGGACCUUUGGGCACUCAACCAUAUGCUGGGGGCGAUGACUACCAGUUCUUCCGCAAUGUUGUGGACGACUUUGGCGCCGACAACUCGGGCGAGACCGACACGACGGAGGCCCUCAACGCGGCGUCAGCCAGUUGGAACAAGGACCUGGUCGGUGACUCGCGCACGCGCUGCGGCGAGAAGUGUGGCAAUACCUUCUCGCAGGGGGCCAUUGUGUACUUCCCAGGCGGCACCUACAAGAUCUGCACGCCCGUGAUCCAGUAUUACUACACGCAGUUCGUCGGGGACCCCAACGACAUGCCCAUCAUCAAGGGCUGCGACGAGUUCCAGGGCAUCGGCUUGAUCGACGUGGAUCCGUACAUCCCCGGCGGCUCCGGCCAGCAAUGGUACAUCAACCAGAACCAGUUCUUCCGGCAGAUUCGCAACUUCCGCUUCGACCUGACCGAGAUGCCCGAGUCGACGGCGGAGAACGACCAGGACCUGGUGCCGACGGGCAUCCACUGGCAGGUGUCCCAGGCCACCUCCCUGCAGAAUCUGGUGUUCGACAUGCCGACCACGAGCACCACGACGGCCGUGGGCAUCUUCACCGAGAACGGCAGCGGGGGCUUCGUGUCGGACCUCGAGUUCAACGGCGGCAACAUCGGUUGGCGCGCCGGCUCGCAGCAGUACACCGCUCGCAACCUGGUGUUCAACCAGUGCAAUACCGCCGUGCAGAUGGUCUGGGACUGGGGCUGGAACUGGCAGCAGAUUAUGGUCAAUGGCGGCGCCAUCGCCUUCAACAUUUCCGGGGUGGGCGGCGACACGGGUCAGGGCAUCGGCAGCGUAUCGAUCAUUGAUUCGACCAUCCGCGACGUGGAGAUUGGCGUCCUGACCAACAGCCUCGCGACCUCACCCAACAUUGUGCUGGACAACACCCGGUUCGACAAUGUGGCCAGCCCGGUCCAGGUGGUUGGCGGGGGCGACACCCUCCUGUCAUCGGGCGAGGCGAGUCUCUGGGCCACGGGCAAGCGGUACAAGGGGGACAACGGCGCCACCCAGACCGGCACCGUGACGGCCCCGGGUCGUGGCGAGGGCCUCAACGACGACGAUGGCUUCCUGUAUGUGCGCUCCCGACCGCAGUACGAGACCCACGGCGCCGGCUCGUUCCUGGUGGCGACCACCGACGGCGGAUGCAAGAACGACGCGAGCGGCGACCAAGCCUCGUGCAUCAACGCCUUCCUCCGGCGGGCGGUCGAUAGUGGCCAGGUUGCGUACUUUCCGGCCGGAGUGUAUGCGGUGGGAUCGACGGUCUACAUCCCGACCAACUCCGUCGUGCAGGGCUCGCUGUGGUCGCAGAUUCUGGGAUCCGGCUUCUACUUCAGCGACAUCCAGAGCCCUAAGGUCAUGGUCCAGGUCGGCAACAAGGGCGACGUCGGCACCAUGGAGAUCACUGAGAUGCUGUUCUCCGUGCGCGGCGCCACUGCCGGUGCCAUCCUGAUGGAGUGGAACGUGGCCGCGGUGUCACAGGGGGCCGCCGCCAUGUGGGAUUCGCACUUCCGGGUCGGCGGCGCGCUGGGCACGGAUCUGGACCUCAGCACCUGCCCCAAGUUCAGCAACAAGGCCGAGUGCGUGGCGGCGUCGCUGCUGUUCCGGGUGACAUCCCAGGCCAACGGCUACUUUGAGAACGUGUGGGCGUGGGUGAGCGACCACGACAACGACAAGUCGAUCUACAACCAGCCAGACUCCAGCUCCACGCAGAUCUCCAUCUUUGCGGCGCGCGGCAUGCUCAUCGAGUCCGGCGGCCCGUCGUGGUUCUACGGCGGCGGCUCUGAGCAUGCGGUGCUGUAUAACUAUCUGAUCAGCGAAGCGCAGAGCGUGUAUAUGGGCCACAUCCAGACCGAGUCGCCGUAUUAUCAGCCCAACCCCAAGCCUCCGGCGCCAUUCCGCGCCGCCGCCAGCUUUCCUAACGACCCCGACUUCAGCCACUGCGAGGUCGAGGCCGCCGUGUGGGAUGACCGGUGCAACUAUGCCUGGGGCCUGCAGAUCGUGGACUCGACGGACGUCACGAUCCACUCGGCGGGCCUGUACAGCUUCUUCAACGAGUACUAUCAGGACUGUAUCCCGACCAACAACUGCCAGGACCGCAUCCUCGAGGUCAAGGGCUCGACCGGGGUGGUGAUUUUCAACCUGUUCACCGUCGCGACGGUCAACAUCGCCAGCGGCAUCGACGACACCAACGUCCCGCAGCAGGGCAACCAGCGCGGUUUCACCACCGAGAUCAGCGUGUGGGUGCCGCUGCCGGGGGCGGACAAUGUUGAUAUCGUCUGGAUCGGUACCGAAGUGUGGGAGGCGCCGACGGUGAGCUGUCCAGCCCAGUCGUGCAUGCUCGUCAUCCCGACGACCUCAUUGGGCUCCUCCACCACCAUCCAGCCCCGGAGCUAUAUCACCUCGCUGGAGUAUGGCGGCUUCUCCAGCACCACCGUCGGAGGGGUUGCCACCACGGCCUUUGUCACGACCACCACCACGGUCACCAUCUCAGUGCCCCCGAUUGUGACCGACGGCAUCGGCUUCUCCAACGUCAAUGUGUCCACGUCGGGGGAAAUGCCCAUCACCAUCUUUCCCAGCGUGGACGUCCCACCGGUGGUUCUGACGCUGCCAGACGGGGAUGGCAGCUCGACCACCCGCACAGUCUCCAUUCCGCCCUGGCCCCAGAUCGACGGGGGUCCCUCGGUCGUGUAUACCGACCCAGCCACCGUGUCCUCCAGCAGCGGCGGCAGCACGGGGCUCCCCACCAGUACGACCUACUUCACUCCGGUUGGAACCACCAUCACGGUGCCCAGCGCGACGGUAACUACCGUAACGUUCCCGGGCUCGACCGGAGCCAUCACCAUCGACUGUCCGGCCACCACGUCCAUCGUCUUCGCCACGCCGCCCGUUGCCGUCGCCACGACCUGUACCGAGUCGGUUGAUCUGACCCUGAGCUUCGCGUGCCCGACCACGCGGGUCUUGACUUUCCUGGGGCCUGCGACGGCCGUGGCAACCGUCGACUGCUCUUUGGUGACCGCGUGGAAGACCGGAUCCACCGCCACGCCGGCUCCGCUGCCCACAUUCACAACCUGGCCUCCGUAUGGCCAGAUUGUGCCGGAGGAAGACGAGAUCGACGAGCCCGAGCCUGACGAUGACGGGGUCCACGUGCCCUGCACCUCCUGGUUCUUCUUCUUCUGCAUCUCGUGGGGGAACCUGCACAUCAACUCCUGGCACUGGAUCCUGCCGCCGGGAAUCUACGGCCCCGGACCGCCACCCAUCAACAUCCUGCAGCUGCCCCCCGGCGUCACGAUCCACGGGACCCUGCCCCCCUGGCCGCGCAUCACCAUCGGACAGGACCACCAGCUCACCACCGAGUCGGAACCUGAGUGCGAAACCCAGACGGCCGAGGCUUGCACGACGACCGACUACAUCUCCGCCGGCACCACAACCUCAUCCACCACGCUCUGCGAGACCAUCACCGGCUGUUCGAUCAGUGGAUCGGACUCCUCCACGGUCGUGGUCGGCAGCCAGACGGCCGCCCCCAUCGGCACCUGGGGGGACGAGCGCUGGGCAACCGCGACACUUGGCGACGCCUAUACCAACUCCGUCUACGCCGCCAUUGAGUCCCGUCUAGCCCGCGAAGAGGCUAGCGGCGGGGGCACCACCCUCUCAUUCACUCCGGGCCAAACCGCGGGCCCAACCUGCGCCGGCGCGAGCACGUCGUGUGGGGGCAGGGUCUGCUCCGGCUACUGGUGUAACCCAACCCCCACCGGGGCGCCACCCGGGUACCACGACCCCAAGGACCCGAGCUCGCGGGGGUACUCGGCGCCAACAACCACCAUCGGCGGGGGGUCAACGACCACAACGACGACGACCGCGCCCGAUCCGUCCACGGAGCCGCUCGUACGCCGGCCGAUCACCUGCUUCGACGAGGCGGACUACCCGGGCCACGGAGAUAUCCAGUCUGGGGACCAGGACGAGUACUCGAACGAUUUCAGCAAUCUGCGCGGGGAGAUGGGGGAUGACGACUCGAUCGGGCCGGGCGAUGCGGCCAUCACGAUGCGGAAGACGGAUACCCACGGCGUCAACUACGACUUCUCCUGUAGCUGGAUUCCGGGGUGUAUAACUGAAGUCGAGAGGCAGAGCUUUGGGUUUCCGCUUGGCUCACCAAGUCUGAUUACAGCAUAUUUGCUCGUCAGGGAGGAUUAUACCAAGUGCAAUAACGGAGGGGUGGGUGGCUCAUGCCAGGUUGGAUGUCUGCUGUAUACCUUUGAGGGUGGGCUCGGGGACGUGUGUGAGGAUCCGGAUUUUGACUGCAGGCAGUGCGGCACCCCACUCGACCCGCCCGAAUGCCAGUCGUGCUGUGGAUUUAAUACUGCAAUGCUUGAUAUCGCCAGUAGUGCCGGUAACGCCAGCACAAAUAACGGCGGUGCCAUUUAUGAUACGCUAUCGGGUGAUAUUGUAUCUAUCCCCGCGAUUUAG